CUUCUGCACCUUGAAAGUUGAAACCCCAGUAUGAUGCCCGGAGGCUCCAGAAAGCGCGCACGCGGCGGCGGAUGCUCCAAAAAGCGCGCCCGAGGUAGUGGCGGUAGCCAAGACGGAGGCGUUGGCAAGCGCCAAAUCAAAUCCAACUUUCAACAGCCGACUAUUCGCAGGUCUUCAGCUGCCCCAGGCGAACGCCUACUCGGCAGUGAGGUAACUGGUCCCCGCAACCGCAGUACCGCCGCUGCUUCCACGGCUCCAGCUCCUUCCAAUGUGGCAGAUGAGACUUUUAACCUUGUUAACGGGAACUCUUUGUACUUUGCGACAAUAAUUCGAUUGGCGCCGGACUUAGUGGAUGAGAUCAAGCGAUCGGAGGCUCAUGGCGCUACAACGCAGAUCAAGUUUGGCUCAAAAGCAAAUAACUCAGCUGGAAAUGUUAUAAGUGUUGGUGGUAAAGACUUCAGAUUCACAUGGUCACGGGACAGCGGAGACCUCUGUGAUAUUUACGAAGAACGCCAAAGUGAGGAGGAUGGAAUUGGAUUGCUAGUAGAAUCGGGUAGUGCUUGGAGAAAGGUAAAUGUACAGCGUGUUUUGGAUGAAUCAACUAAAAACCAUGUUAAAAUGCGAUCUGAGGAAGCCGAGCGCAAGUCCAAAUCACGCAAAACCAUUGUUUUAGAUUCUCGAAAUACAUCUACAAAGAGUGAAAUGAAGGCUGCAGCUGCUGAAGAAGGUACUCCAUGUAAAAUGGCUUUCAAGCAACCACCUAAGAGAAAGAGAAAAGUGGAGCCACUUUCAGUUACUCCAUCAAAUGGACCUUCAACUUCAUCUGGACACAAGAAUAGCACAAGUUCCAAAGUUCCGGAUCUGCAGUGCAUGUUGUUAACUUUACUCAUGGACAACCAAUCAAAUGGAAUGACCCUCAAGGCAUUGGAUAAAGCUGUUCAAGAGGCCUUUCCAAACUCAGCAAGGGAAAUCGAGAUUUUGCUCAAAAGGGUUGCAAUCUUUCGGGCUCCAGGAAGAUAUUUUCUUAAACCAGGAAUGGAGAGAGAAGCUCUCAAGAAAUAUACAGCUGGAAGUGGAAGUUCUGCAGAGAAUAAAGAUCACACACCAUCUACCCAUAAUAAGCAUGAAAUUCUUGUUCCAGAAACUAGUUUGUCAAUAAUGACUGAUACUAAAGCAUUGGAAGGGAAGUUACAGUUGAGUUCUAAACUUGAAGACACACCAACCUCUUGGGUCAGACCGUCACCUGACUGCUUUGUUGAGCAAAAAGGUUCUGACCACAUUGAAGAUCCAACAGGUGUCUCUAGUGACAGUGAAAGUGCAAGUGACAAAAGCAGAAGUAGAAGCCCUGUGGAAUGUGAAAGUGACAUGUCCUCUAACAGUAAGUCAUCAAAUGGCGGUUUAGAUAUCAUGGGAAGUGAUAGUGACAGGGGGGAACAGAAAGCUUCUGAAAAUGGGUUACUGAAAUUUCCCAUUUCAUUGACAUCUCAAGAUGCCAAACCCUCCCAAUUCUGGAUUGGUGAAAAGGAAUAUACACAUGUUUCAGACAUCUUGGAGAUCGAGAAAGACUUACCAGAUGUGGAAAUGACUGAUGUUAAUGCUGAUUCACGUCUUAUAGAGAAUAAGCUUGUCACUGAAGGAGUUGUUAACGGAAAGCAGGACGAUAAACCUGCCGCCACUAAGAGCGGAAAAACUGGAAACACGCAUAAAAAACAGGUUUCUUUUAGUAUGGACCCACUUUUUGCCAAGGACGUUGUUCAGGACAAGUACCAAACACAUGUUGAUUCACAACCUUUUUAUCAACAAUGUUCUGCAGUUGAUCACAGUGUGGUGGAAUACCAUAGUAAUAAAGCUGUUGAAGUGAAUGGCGAAGAGCGACAUAAUAUGAAAGGAGGGAGCCUAGUCAUCUUCAAUGGAGAAAGUAAUAAUGAAAAACUCUCUUCUGGUGCAGCCCAAUAUGACACAAGGAAUAUUGCUUUCCAGGAGAAAAGAAAUUCUUCUGCUAAUGAGAUCAGCUCUUCAUACUUCAAGUAUGAAAAGAAGGAGCCUGAGUUGAGGGUACCAAUAAAGUGUUUAAUCGAGUAUAAAGAAUAUGUUGAGGAGUAUCAUGAGAAGUAUGAGAAGUAUUGCUCGCUGAGUAAAAACUUAAAGUCCUAUGGGUUUGAGUUUUGUGAAAUUGGUAAGGACCUAAACGCCUGCAAAGGAAAAGACAUGGAGAAAUACUAUGAAAUUUUGGCACGCUUAAAGGAUUCAUAUUGCCAACAUGCAUCUACGCAUAAACGACUAAAGAAAAUAUUCAUCGUGCUUCAUGAAGAACUGAAGCAUUUAAAACAGAUGAUCAAUGACUUUGUUGCCUCAAAUGGAAGAAAAGAAUAACAGAUUGUCCCCUGGUUCCUCCUCGUGUUAAUUUCUGUCGUUUUAUUGGACAAGUUGUGUACACUUCCCAAACAGGUUUUACAUAUCACUCUAGACAUUAGGCUACACGAUGUAAACAAUUUUGUCUCUAUUAAUAUUACUUACUAGUUAUCGUUAUUAUAUUGGGAAAUGUCCUCUUAGUACUGCUCGAUGUCUAUUUCUUCUCGGUGAGUCUAUCCGCUUUAUUUAUAUAAAAUUAUAUACAAUUUUUUCUAAUUUAUUUAUGAACUAUUCAGAUACUUUUUGGCAUGUUAGCCGUUUUAAGGUUAAGUUAGUCCUUCUUAGGGCUUAGCUUUUAAUACUUAUUUAAGGUUAAUGUUUUAGUAGUGGUGACGGAAGUGCCGAUACAGGUGACAACAGCAGUAGCGGUGGCAAUUUGGGUGGCAUCAGUCUAGUGUUUUAGCACCCUAGUGUAUUCAUCUACUAUAGUAGAAAAAUUGCAAAUUGCAUACAUAAAUUAUGUAUCUAGUGAUCUUCUAGAGAUGACCAUGGUUGAGCCGGGUUAGUCGGCAAUUUUUUGUUUUACAUGUACGUUCAGUCAAAUCGCAUUUUUUAUAUUAUUAGGAAUUAAAGAUAUUACAAGCUUUUAUUGGACAAGCAGUAAAUGUUGUAUGAAAGAACACACAUCAAUGUAUGUUCCUCAUUUCAUGCUUGUUGGAUUACCAAGAGCUAGACAUGGAUCUGGUUUAGGAUCAGCCAAUUAUGUACCUGUGAACAUGAACCAUCCCUUGGACUGGAAUCGGGAUCGGGUGGGAGGGAUUGAUGGGGACGAUUCUGGUUAUGACAUAUGAGGAGAGAACCAGCCGGUGUGGUUCCAUUUCUAUAUGUGCAGUUCGUCUCGUGGCUCAUAUGGUAAGACAAGACUGGUGAAAUUCAAUGUAGAGGAGGGCGUCAUUGUUUUAGGAGCUUGUUUUGCGGCAGCAGCAUCGCUGGUUGCGGCGCUUCAGUUUGUGGUGUCCUCUUUGUGUUAUAGAUUUUGAAGAAUGUCUCAUCUCCUUAUACACUAGGUGGAUCUUCAGGUGGAAGUGAUUUUGACCCAAAAGAUCAUGCAGUUUUGUCAGAGCCUUAUGAGUUAUGAAUGAAUUAUUUCGUUAUUUGGGCCCUGAUAAGGACUUUCUCACGGAGGAAAUGGGUGUUGGAAAAAGCAAAAUGGGCUUUCUAUAUCGUCAAUAUCAUAAGCUGGCAUCAACUGUUUGCGCUUCUUUGUCAUGAAGCAGCAGUCAGUCCAUGCAAUUUUGGACGGGAUUUUCACUAUGGGUCAUCCGGAAACAGUCUCUCUGUGCUUUAGUACAGGGGUAAGACUGCGUACAUCCGACCCUCCCUUACCCCACCGUAGGUGGGAGCCUUUGCGGCACUGGGGUAAAUGAAAAUGAAAAAUGAAUUUGCUGCAAUUGUAAUUUGAUGUUGAAUUCUUGUUACAUAAUACGUAAUAUAUGUAUAUCCAAUGGUAAUUACAUUUAAUUCCCCUUGCAACAACAAAUUAUAAAAUUUUCCCUCAAAUUUAUAUACAUUACAGACCCUUUGAGCAGCCAAUUUUUUCGCAAAUUACAUUAUGGAAAAUUUGUGUUAUUUAUAGAAUAAUUGUCUGGUCUAGGGAUGUAUUUGUAAUCUGUAGAAACCUCAUGGGUUAUUUGAUAAUUUGACCAAAUCCCAAGCGAGGUAGAUGUAAAUAACCCUUGUUCAUCUAUUAGAUUCAGAUUGAGUUUUGUACUUUUAGUAAGUUAACGUAUUGACUGAGGGAACCAUAUUACGGUAGUGUUUGCGAGCGCUUCUACUUUUAGAAAAGUGAUUUUUUAAAGUGAUUUUGAAAAAACUGCUCAAUAUUAAAAGUGUUUUAGAAUAGAAGUGAUUAAAGUGGCAAAGUUAAAAGUGAGAGUGUUUGAUAAAAAUGUUAUUUUUAAUGUAAUAUUUUAUUGAAGUACCAAAAUACCCUUAAAGCUGACUCCAAAAUCUUUUGUGAAUAAGGCUUGGAUGUUGUUGUUGUUGUACCAAAAUACCCUUAAAAUAUUAUAUGGUCUAUUUAUGUAUACCCCUUGGUUGAUUGGCCACACCUUUUUCUAAAUACAUACAUAUAUAUAUAUACAUACACACACACACACAUAUAUAUAUACAUAUAUAUAUAUAUAUAUAGGGGCAAGAUCCCGUACAAACCAAGCUUCCAGUGCAAACUACAAACUAACGACAUUCGUUAGAUUGGCUAAAAUAGACCGCUGAUACGUAUGGGCUGCAUUGUUUAAACUGUGCACUGAGAUGCAGGGGAUGAAACAAAUUCCAUCGUUUGAAAUGUUUACGCAUUUAAAAAGGUCACCAAGGUAAUUUUAGAUUUCCAAAACAAAACCGCCGAAAUCAAAAUUGGGAUUAACUUUAGAAAUCCCUAACUUUAUGGUUAAUAUCCACUAAGAAGGUAACUGGCCAUGAAUACCAACGUGAAAAAGGUAAGUUGCAGAACAUACAAACAGAGGAAGCAACUCGGUCGAAGACUGGAGCAAGUUGUUCGAAGCCUGGAGAAAGGUUUUCGAAGAUUUUUUAAGCGAUGUUGAGUGCAGUGAAGACUUGGUGUUUGAUGAAGGUAGUCAUUUUCAUCCCUCCGUUAUAUCAAUACAAAUGCAAAUGGAGCUUGAUGAUCAUUAAUACAAUUUUCAUCCCUCCAUUCUUUGACCUCCUUUAGACUGGGCAGACAUUUCAACGGCCCUCACAACUCGAACUUUGAGGGCCCAGGUUGAUCUGGUAUGAUCAACGUCCCUUAUCAUUGAGUACAAUGUUCUGGGAAUUUUGUUGGUGUUUGUUGCCAUGUUGAGUGAAGGGAGUAAAGGGAGCGUUGGUUUGAAAACAUCCGAUGUCAGCUUUUAU